AUGCUGUUGGCUAUAAUCGCGUUAGCUUUAGUGAGUGAUCUCACGCCGGUCGAGUGCAUAUUCCUACAAUCAGACCUUGCCACCGGUGGAGAUGUGUCGAUACAGCAGUACACCUACAUGGUGCAAUUGCAAAAUUUUAUGGUUGUUAGCUACGUCCACCAUUGUGGUGGUUCCCUCCUUACAGCGAGUUACAUCCUGACCGCUGCCCACUGUGCCCAAGGGUCCUUAAAGCUGCGAGCUCAAGCAGGUACGGUAUGGCGUAAUUCAAAGACCGAGGGCCAACUGCGCAACAUCGUCCGUAUGUUAGCACACGAACAGUACGUUCAGAACGGAACUAGCGGACCAUACGAUAUCGCUCUCGCACUGGCAGAAGAACCAUUUCUGGUGGAUGGUGUUAAUCUGACCGUCAUUCCACUAUUACCACCGUAUUACGAACAUCCACCUACAACCGACGUACUGGGCUUUGGAAAGAUCGAUGACGAUGACACGUUGCCCGAUCGGUUGCGAGUGGUCGAGUGUGCCUGGCACUUUCAAAAUGAUUGCGAAAAUCAAGACGCUUUCGGAACGUUCUGUGUUGGUACUCCGGGCGCAACAGCUUGUGAGGGUGACUCGGGCGGGCCCGUUAUCGGCACGAUCGAUGGCGUUGAUUGGUUGGUUGGGUUGGUAUCGCACGGCAAGAAGGUUUGUGGAACGGGACCAAUCAUUUGUACCGAUGUGGAACGUUACAGAGACUGGAUAGAAGAAGCUGCAGCCAAUUUAACACUCGAUAGUGGCUCAUUAAUAGAAAAUCAAAGCGUUGAACUAUUUGUUUAA